CUAAACAUGACUUUAAUGCAUCAACGAACAUAUGCAUUUGAACGAACCGUUAAUGAGCUGAACUACUAUGAAAGAUGAGCGAAUCUUAAGACCCCGCCCGCCUCCGGACGCGUAACAUGUAUUUAUCCGCCGACGCUCAAGUACUUGCCCGAAUAAAAGAAUCCAGCCGCCGCCGAAAAGAAAAUCAAUUUGGCCCUCCGAAACUCCGCAGUGCUAGCAAAAGGCCGACUUCUGUUG